UCUGUCCAUAAAUGUAAACAUUUUAAAUAAAGGUUGUAUAAAGCUUACUUUAUUCAAAAACUAGGUUUGCUUAAUGCAUGACUUAAAUACACAUUUUUGGGGGGCUUAAAAACAUGUAAUUCUAAAAUGUUUCCUUCAACAAACUAAUAACAUACCAACAGCUUUAAUAUCACAGCAACAGCUAAAAUACAGCUAAGCUCCUGUCUAGUUUAGUUAGCAUGAGCUAACAUUGCUAAUACACUUACUAAAAUUGAAUACAACCACUUCGGUGGUGCAAGUUUCCUACUGCAGGCUUAUAUGAAAACUGCAAAGAAAGGUAUUCAAAUACAAUAAAAAUAAUUAUUCAAAUCAGAGUGUAAAGAUGGUAGGUUUUUUUUGUUGUUGUUGUUUGUUUGUUUUGUUUUGUUUAUUUGGUAGGAAACAAAUUCCAGGAAUGGACAGAAAACACAGGGAGGAGUUUAUUUCUCCUAAUUGCAAUGCACUGGACUUUUUUAGUCUAGCCAAUCAAUCUGAAUCACUGACGGUUGAAAAAUUGGCUUUAGAGAGAGCAAAGAGAGGGGGGGAAAUCUACAAUAUGGCAAUUACAAGAAUUCUAGAAGAAAGAAAAAAAAGUUUCAAAAGGAAAGAAUGGUUUUCCAAACUCAUUGUUCAAGAAUAUGAACCUCAGUUAGUAGGUGCAAAGAUAAACAUUUCAAAGGAGGAAACAGACAGGGAUUCUGCCUGCUGUGGAGCUGGUAAUUUAGAUGUUGGAGCUGAAGAAAGCUUAAAAGAAACAGAGGGUCAUUGUGCCUGGAAUGCAAGGGAAUUAGCAACAAGAAACGCAGCAGACCGGCUGGGAAGAAGUCUCCGAAACUCCUCUGUGCUGCUCAGUGUAGCGCUGGUGCAACUCAAAACUAUGCGUCAAAACCUACAAAUAGGCUUUGAAAAUGCUGAGCAGGAACAGCUAAUUGCGAAAAAAAAAAAAAAAAAAAAAAAAGGAGAAGAAGAAAGGUUCACUCUUCAAGGCUGAAAACAAGACUUACGUGAAAAAUCAGGAAACUUAAGAAGAUUUAAUGAAGAGUUGCUCCAGGCAAAAGGAGAAACUAUUAAUUUAAAUCCAAAGAGCAAAGAUUUACAACAAGACUCUAAGAAGUUAAAGCAGCAACAUGAGCUCGGAAAUAAGACCAGCACAGAAAAGGCGAAAACACAGGAAAAUAAGGAGCGAGGUGGAAGUCGCUACAAGCAAACUAAAAGCCGCAAAGCUCCUGCAUGCCUGGAAUCCUAAAGCCUUCGAACUGCUUGCAAAACAUCUGCCGGCCCCGCCGCGGGGCGAUGCACUCGGUGCCUUCGGGGCUGGCUCUCUGCAAUCACUUGGCAGACAACAGGGGAGCAGAGGGGAAGCUGCUGUCUGAAACGUUCUUUCACUAGGAUCACAGCUGAUGAUGUUUCUGCCUGACCUGUCCUGAAUGGUACCUGCAUUACUACACACUUGGAGUCACCGGAUCUCUGACACGAAGAGGUGAACCGUAUUGGUUUGUCCAAAUCAGUUUGUGAAUUCUAUGGGAGCAGGAACAUCUCAGUUGUUUGUAUAAUCCACAAGGCAUCGUAACACAGGUAAGAAAUCUGGUAGUUAGUAUGCAAAAAUAUUUUCUCUUAAAUACUUGUACAACAUAGCAGCUAGAGGCCCUAGAAAAUAUCAGGAUGCUAUCCUAAUAGGCACUGUACAAACACAUAGAAAGAAAUUGCUCCAGGUAUUAAACCUUUGCCGUCUGUAUGGACAAGACAGAGAGAAGCAGGGAGAUGAAGGGACAUUCUUCUUGAAGAGAUGUUUGGCAAUGACUUGCAGCAUGAGAUUCCAAAUAUGGGUUCAAUACUACGUGAAACCUCAAGAUACAUAACGUUUUAUUGAUCCCCACAAAGACAGACCUGGACUUAGGUCAGUAGAAAGCCCCUGUUUAUGUCUGAAGGGAGCACUUGCCACUAUUUUGUCCCAGAAUCACCAGAGAGCAGUACAAAUGUGGCACAGGGAAAAUGCAUAUAUGGAGGUGACUGAACACAAAAAUAGCAUCUUUAUGGAUACACACCGUAGUGCACUCCUCUUAGACCUCUAAUGCCAGUUAGAUCUAACACGCUGCUAUAUGGGAGUGUUGUGUAAAGCCGUGUGCUUUUAACUCAAUAUAAAUUGAGUAAGGAACCCCUAUACUUUGUAAUCCUGGGAGAUGAGAGCGCUACUUCAGGAUUGUGGACACACUACCUUAUACCUAUCUUUACACUAAAAUAAUGAGUGGUAAAAUGGUUAAGGCUUUAGUCACUGUUGGCAACAUUUGCUCUUUUGAAGGGCAUUUAUGGGGGCUUGUUUUGUUUCACUUAAAGUUUAAAGCCUGGAACCUUUGUGGCUGUUUAGAAAAUGAGAGAAAAGAUUAACAACCUUGUACAAAACAAACAAACAAACAAACAAAAACCCACACAAAUGCAAUGAAGUAUCUAUCGGCUAAGACUUAUUCCAGGGUUUAAAACUGAGCUGCUCUUUUAUAGUAAAAGCACAGAGGAGACUUGUCUGCCUGUGGUGUUUUGGGGUAGAUCUCAAGGCUUGUUAGACACCAGUCUAAAAAGACACUUGUGUCUUAGCACAGGUCUUUGAAAUCCAUAUAUGGCUACCAACUAGGGUGUAUGGUCAACAUUACUCAUCAUUUUUAAAUUAUAUUUUAAUUGCCUUUAAUUUAAGAACUUUUUUUUUUUUUCCUGGUAAACUAGAAAUGGUGGUACCUGAAGCAUGGCUAAGCAAUUCGGUAUUCUCUUUUACCAGGACAUCUUCCAUUCGUUAUCUUUAUGCUUUAUUUUGAUUUCUAUCCUGAAUCCUUGCAAUCAUUUUUUGUGGAUCUGCUAAAGCAAAGCUGGCAGUGUUUGUCUUGAAAUCUCGUCCUGUAAACACAUUGCCUUUGUAAUAAUGUUUAAACUACUGUCCAAGUACAAAGAAUAUGAAGAUUAUUUGGACAAGUGGCUGGGGUUUUGGUUGAACUCUUGGAAGCCGUGAGCACUGAAGAGAGAAUAUGGGUCUCACCUUGUUUUAUUUUCAUUACACCUUGUACGUAAAGCCAGAUGUAGAAAGAGCUAAGAUUUGACUUACUGCACUUGUUCGGACUAUACUUAAAUCACAGAGCAGAAAUACAGCAGCUCAAGACAUUUUUUUUAGAGGAUUCAACACGUUUCUAUAAAACGACUUUUCCAAAAUAGCUCCCUCCGGUACAUUCUUACAGAGCUCACACAAUGUUUGGGUUUUAUUUUAAUCAGGCGCUGCUCUGUGGGAAAUAAAUGAGGUUUUAUUUCCCAUCAUUUUAACUAAAAAAAUUAGCUGCACACACUGAAGUCACUGUAAAAUGUACUCCACUACAGCUGGGCUAUAGAAAAUCAAAAAAACUGAUCAUGUCUUUGAUGAAAGAUGAAUGGUUUCUAUAUAACUCUGAGGUCUGUAAAGCAACUGGAUUAAUGCUGUAUCUGUGAACAAAUGACAAGCUCUGUUUUGUAAUUUCAGUCUUUUUAGAUUCUUAUUAUGACAUUUCUUGUUCUCUUGAAAUGGAAGAAAGUAAAUAAUUGAGUUUGUGGGUGAUGAGCCUGCCAAACACAAGGCAGUAAGAAGUUCUGUAAGCUCCUGUAGUGGUUAAUGCCUGCUGGGCUCCUUGCCAACAUGGUCAAAAUAUUUUAACAUAAAGUUGAAAUCUCCUUAUGCUGUCAUUUGGCCACUGCAAUCGACUGGCUGGCGAUAACCUGGCAUUAGUCAUUAAAAACACAACUGCAAUACUGCUACACGUGACCAUUAUUCAUGGAAUCUCUGGCUGUAAAAAAACAUGAUGAUAAAACAUUAAGUCAGCUGGAUACGCGGUUUCUAAAACUCAUUAAUUCAUUUGCCUUGCUGAGCCUCUCAGUGAAACUAAGUAUGUCAGAAUUCAGUAUUCAUGUGAGAUACAGCAUCCCUAGAGUGCUCUUAAAUGCCGUGCUAUAAGAGAAUAAAGCAACUGGCUAUGUUAAUUUUAAGUCCCUUUAGAAAGAAAAGAAAAUAGACUAGUGCUUGGAAAAUCAGAAAUAACAUUUGACUAAACAUCUUUAUCUGAGAAUGCCCACAAAAUAGAGCCUUUUCCUCCCUCGUGCACUCCACACCUUUGGUUCUCUGCCUUUCACUGGAGCACAGAAUCAGUAGGGUCCUCCACAGAAAGCUUUUCUGCUUAGCUCUGCAGGUGCUGGAGCUAUACAGCAACAUGCUGCAUUGCAUAUAUUUCAACAGGAGCCAAAUCAAACCAUGAUCACAGUUAUCUUUAUUAUUGUAUUUUUAAAUUUUACCCUCUAAAACUCCUUCACUCAAAGACAGACAAAAAAUAAUGUCAGAGGGAAGCAAAAACAAUUGGCCUGGGAAGGAAGUACUCACUGAAAGAAUGUUUUUUCAGCCAACAAAACAGAACAAUUUUUUUUCUUCCCCCAAUAGCUGAUUUUCAAUGAACAUUCACUGAAGAGUAAAAAAGAAAGAACGCAAAAGAGAGAAGAAAGCUUUUCCUCAAGACCUGCAGUGCCUCUGUUUUCUGGAACUCAAUGAAGAGACAACUCCUUAUUAAUAAAGUGCAAAA